UUUGUAACUCCCAUUCCAUGUUUUUCAUGCUCUAUUUAUACAACUCAUCUCCACCACCAGUUUUUACAAUAAUCUUCUUUCUUUCUUUACCUCAUAAUCAUUAUUCAUGACUAUGAAGCAGAGUUUUCAUGUAUUUCUCAUCUUUUUUCUCCUAUUAUCCCACUCAAUAUCUGCACGUUCACUUGCACAAAAACAAGGUGAAGAGGAGGUGAAGCUUCAUACAACUACGUUCAAAGAGGUUACUGAAGAUCUCAUGAAGCUGAUGGGUUCAGAGAGGGAGGGUUGUGAUGAAAAGGAUGAGGAAUGCUUAAAGAGAAGGAUGAUUGCAGAAGCUCACUUGGAUUAUAUUUACACCCAACAUAACAAGCCUUGAGUUGAAGAAUUAAUCUUGAAUAUGUACUGGAGUUUCAUCAUAAAACCUCCCUUAAUAAAAAAAAAGAGUGUUUUGUAGAGAAGUUGUGUUUAAAUAUGAAAUUGUAUGUAAUACAUAAUCCACUCAAACUAUGAAUGUUACUACCAUCAUCUUGUUAAGAAAAUGAAGAGUCACGAAUUAGAAAAAGACUGACCACUACCAUAGAAUAGGGGACUUAGAGGAAUUGUUUAUCAAACAAAAUAAUAAAACCUUUGGUUUGACUACA